AUGACUUUACUUGUGUGGGAUACAAUGGAGCUCCUAGAGGAAGAUCUCACCUGUCCCAUUUGCUGCAGCCUGUUUGAUGAUCCUCGUGUCCUGCCCUGUUCGCACAAUUUCUGCAGAAAGUGUCUGGAAGGAAUUCUCGAGGGAAAUGUGCGGAAUGUGCUUUGGAGGCCAUGCCCUUUCAAGUGUCCCACGUGCAGGAAGGAAACUCCCGUUACUGGAGUCAACAGCUUGCAAGUGAACUAUUCCCUGAAAGGUAUCGUGGAGAAGUAUAACAAAAUCAAAGUAACUCCAAAAAUGCCGGUGUGCAAAGUGCACAGCGGGCAACCCCUUAACAUUUUUUGCCGGACAGACAUGCAGCUGAUCUGUGGGGUUUGUGCCACCCGUGGUGACCAUACAAAGCAUGGUUUCUGUUCUAUUGAAGAAGCUUAUUCCCAGGAGAAGCGGGCUUUUGAAACCCUAUUUCAGGGCUUUGAAACUUGGCGUUGUGGAGAUGCCCUCUCACGGCUGGAUACCUUAGAAGCCAGUAAGAGGAAAGCUCUGCAGAUGCUGACCAAAGAUUCUGACAAAGUGAAGGAGUUCUUUGAGAAGCUGCAGCACACGCUGGAGCAAAAAAGAAAUGAGAUUCUGUCUGACUUUGAGACCAUGAAGCUUGCAGUGAUGCAGGCCUACGACCCGGAAAUCAAUAAACUGAACACAAUUCUGCAAGAGCAACGAAUGGCUUUUAACAUUGCAGAGGCCUUCAAAGAUGUGUCUGAACCCAUUAUAUUUCUGCAGCAGAUGCAGGAAUUCAGGGAAAAAAUAAAAGUGCUCAAAGAAACUCCUUUACCUUGUUCCACUGUGGACAUCAGCCCUACAAUGAAGAGUUUUGAUACCAGCCAGUGGAACGGAAUAAAACUAGUUGAUGUGGACAAACUUUCCUUGCCUCAGGAAAACAACACUUUUAAAUUCAGGAUUCCCUCCAUCUUUUCACGCAGAUUCAUAGUGAACUCUCUUAUUUGCUUGCUUAUUCUUGUUGUCACCAGAAUGUCCUUUGUGGAGUCAGUCGUUGACAAUCUCCAGUGCUGGAAAUCUCAUUUUUUUACAGCUAGUUUGUCCUACUGGGCAGAUACAGUGGAGAUAGCAGAUCAUGCAGUCUUUUACUGGGAACAGAUGACAGAUGGAGCUUUACUUCUAAGAGAAAAGUGUAAAAACUAUACGCUGGUUGUACUGGAUAAUGUUGCACAGUUUGUGUGCAAGUAUAUUAAUGUUAAUGUAAUCGUAGAAUAA